AUGUCCCACUGCUCCUUUAUCAAUACACUUCCAGAGUAUGUUCUAGAUCGGACAGUUAUUAUAAAUGAUGCGCACGAGCAUCAUGUAAGUGGCUACAAGCUUGCCAAAGCAAGUGACUACUUUAAACGACAGCUCGUUGAGCUACGUCAAGGUGAAUUAGAGAAAUCUCAACGCAAGGAAGAUAUCGAUGAAACCCGACGCCAAAAUCGUCGUGCUAGGGCCAGAAGUUUAUGCGACUUGGAGCUUCAACCGUUGGUUCUCAGGUAUCCAGAUGUAUACGGAUUAGAAGCUGUACUAUCGUUUAUACACUGUUGUGACAAAACACGGGCUACCACACUGAGCAGUCGUUUGACAACCAGCACUGCAAGUUCCAUGCUAAAAGCCGGUUUGCAUUUCCAGGUACCCGGUUUCAUCAGUCAUUGUCUGGAGGUUAUUCAGAAUACAAUGAAUGAUUUCACUUGUUGGAAAUUUUGGAAACUUUCAGAGGAACUAGCGUCACAGUUACCUGAAUUCCAACAACUGACAACACGUUAUGUUUUAGCGCAUUUUCUCGAGGCCGGAGAAACGGAGGAAUUUCUCGAGCUGACUGUAGAUGAACUUAAAAAGCUCCUUCGUGAGGAUGCCCUGAAUUGUGCAAAUGAGAAACUGCUGUUUGCUCUCAUAGAAAAAUGGGUUUAUCAUAGACAGGAUAAGAGGAAAGCGCAUGUUGCAGAACUAUUGGAAUGUUUACGAUUGGGUCGUCUUACUCACGAAGAUCUGGAUUGCCUUUCUGCAAAUCCGCUCAUUCAGACCGCGUGGGUUGCCUGUAGUCCUGUGAUAUUGAUGUCACGAUUUUCUGUGGAAGAACUGGCUUCCAAUCCUUCAGGCACAAUGACACCACGUUCGGGGGAUGAGACGGAGUUACAUGCAUAUCUCCGUCGACCACGACUACCGCACUCGGCCAUUUUUGUUGUUGGCGGAUGGGAAGGCAACCAGGACGAUCCGAAUUUCGGACCGUCCAAAGCAAUCCAAGUUUACAAUUCACGGGCAGAUACCUGGCGUCGGGUUGUCACAGAAGGCAUUGCUCUGGAUGAGGGACAUGCUUAUUCGGGUUGUGUACUCUAUAAAACACGAAUUUACGUGGUCGGUGGCUACGUUUCCAGCGGACCGACACAAACGCUGAAAGUAUUCGAACUUACCAAUCUAACGUGGAAAUUUUUGUCCCCAAUGCACGAGAAAAGGAACUACGUGUGUACAUGCAUGUUGGACAACGUUAUCUACGCCAUAGGUGGACACAACGGUAGACAUAGGCUGAGCUCGGUCGAACGAUACGAUGUAGAUCAGAAUCAUUGGGCUUUCGUAUCGCCCAUGCGUCAAGUACGUAGCGAUGCCGGAGCGGAUGCACUGCUCGGUCGGAUCUAUGUGGUCGGUGGAUUUGACGGGCAUCAUUUCUACGAUUCGGUCGAGGUGUACGAUCCGAGAACAGAUCAAUGGUCCUUGGUUGCUCCGAUGCACAAUAUCCGAAGUGGGGUCAGUGUGAUCGUGUACGAUCACUAUCUGUUCGCGAUCGGGGGCAAUGAUGGAUUGCAACGAUUGCGCACGGUCGAACGCUAUGAUCCGGAAACGAAUCAGUGGCAAACCAUGCCAUCCAUGAUUCGUCAACGAAGUAACUUUUGUAUUGCUAUUUUGGAAGGAAUGAUCUAUGUGAUGGGUGGUUGGAGUGAUGAAACCAAUUCGACCAUUGCGCUCGUCGAACGAUGGACUCCGAAUUUGUCCAGUCAGUGGGAACCGGUUAGAGAAUUGUUUCUUCCGGCAAGUGCGAAUUGUUGUUGUUCUGUUUCCGGAUUGGAUUUGGUCUCCGAGUUUCUCUCUCCGUGA